CACUCCCAUCUACCUUUCAACCCAGGAAACAGAUAUUCGGUGCAAAUGGUACUGGUAGUAGAUAUCUGUUUUCGCUCUAGACCUCAACCUCCUCCGCGUUUCUCUCUCUAGAAUUCAAUUUCCAAUGGCGGAGACCUCUGCGGCGGCGACGGAGACUGACACGGUGGCGCCGCUGCUUCGGCCGAGGCAGGAGGCGGGGAGGCCGACGACUCUGGCGCUGCUUCUUGGCCGCGCGACGGGGCGGAGGGGGGCGUCGAUGCUGGUGAGGGAGACGGCGGCGCAGCAGCUGGAGGAGCGGCGGGCCGACUGGGGUUAUUCUCCGCCGGUAGUGGCGCUGGACAUGAUGUGGAACAUGGCGUUCGUGGUGGUGUCGGUGGUGGUGAUGUUUUGCUCAAUGAGUGAGAAGACUAAUGUGCCGAUUAGGAUUUGGAUCUGUGGCUAUGCUUUGCAGUGUUCGGUGCAUGUGGUUCUGGUGUGGUUGGAGUAUAGCAGGAGGAACAGGAGGAGGUUCCGCCGGGAUGAGGAGGCGGCGGUGGCUGUUGCAGUGCGGCCUGAUUCGAAUUUGGAUUCUAAUGAGACUGAUGAUGAUGAUGACACUGUUGGGGCUUUAGGGAUUACUAAUCGAGCGAGUAUGACUAAACGAUGUGAGUCUGUAAAUACAAUGGCAUCAUUUCUCUGGUGGAUAGUUGGCUUCUAUUGGGUUGUUUCUGGUGGUAAUGUUCUUUUGCAAAAUGCUCCACGCCUGUACUGGUUGGCCGUGGUUUUUCUAGCAUUUGAUGUGUUUUUUGCCGUCUUUUGCGUUGUUUUGGCAUGUUUGAUUGGUAUCGCUCUUUGUUGCUGCUUGCCUUGCAUUAUUGCAGUUCUUUAUGCUGUUGCGGGCCAGGAAGGUGCAUCAGAAGCAGAACUCAGUAUCCUUCCAAAAUACAGAUUUCAAACCUAUAGCAAUGAGGAAAAGACUGGCAUUGGAGCAGGUAGAAUGGUUCCUGUUGAAACAAGUAGUGAAUACUUGGCUAAUGAACGUAUUCUUUUACCUGAGGACGCGGAAUGUUCUAUAUGUCUCAACCCAUACGAGGAUGGAGCAGAGCUUCAUGCUCUUCCCUGUAACCAUCAUUUCCAUUCUUCAUGCAUCGUGAAAUGGCUUAAGAUGAACGCAACAUGUCCGCUCUGCAAAUACAACAUCCUCAAGGGAAAUGAAUAGGUUUGAGAAAGGAAAGAGGUGAACUCUCAUUGUGUGUGGUUCGGGGUUCAGUGUAUCCACAUUUUGUCUCUGAAUGCACAGGAAGAAAUCAAUGGCAAGAAAUACAACUUUCCCGAUUUAUUUAUCAAAAAUAAAUUGUAACUUUCAUUUACUUUUGCUGUUUGUUUAUCUUUUGAUGAUUUUAUUGUUCCUUGAGUGGCUUCAUACUUUUUUUGUUGCGAAAACAUGCUAUUGCCAAUUUCUAGUCUUUAUUUGUAAUUGAUUAGUAGAAAGAAGGAAAGAUGCUUGACAUAUACUUGUUAAUAUCAGAGAACUAAAUUUAUGAAUA